AUGAGCUCAGCCUCAUUUCAUUAUGGAGACUCAGGGGGUCAGGAAGGAGCAGGAGAGACAAGUGGAGUUCACCUGAAGGUGCAUGGUGAGAUCCCGGGAAUGAGACACCGCCCACCACCACUUCGGAAAAGCCUGGUGGCCUUCCUGCGUGCUAUGUGUGAGGUCAUUUAUCAAGACAUAGCUCAGGUACAGGCCCAGCAAAUCUAUUCUCCAUUGACCAGGGAGCAGUUGUGUGAUCUUGCCCAGCUCCGGGGGUCUCUGUGCACUGCAGUGCAGACCUUAUAUGCCAUGGCCACCCAGGCGGCCUAUGUCUUCCCUGCUGAGGGCUGGCUCAUCCCAGCCCCAGAGCAUGGUCCUGGAGAUCCAUCCCUAGAUGGAAAAGCUCCGAGUUUCUCCUAG